AUGAGUUGUUUAGGUAAAGUAAUCAGCGGGCGUGGGAGGGAUACCCAUGCCACGGCGGUGUCAGGUGGUGAUAGGGCAGGCCACCCUCCGUCGUCAACCAACUGCCAGGAGCUCGGGGUAGGCAACCUGGCCCCAGCUCUGGUCUCUGCGUCAGGAAGGGCAUCACAGGUAGGCGACCUGGCCUGUGGUGUAUCUAACAUGCCAGGAAGUUCAAGACCAGAAGAGGAAAACCUGGAAGAAUGGCAAAAGGUUGCCAGGGCCGUGUAUAGGGUGCGGCUUUCCGGACAGAGGUCUCCUAUUAGCUUUAGGAGGAGUAAGCGGGCGAAGCCUGUGACCUACUCCUCUGAAGAAGAGGAGACAGGAGUUGACGUGGUUGGGUGGAGUACGGAAGUCCCGACAGUGGCCCAGCUACCUCAAGUGGAGACCUGCAGGCUAUUGGAGAUUGCAACGAGGCAGAUCCAGAUGAAUGACGCCGAGAGAAGGAAGUGCGGAAACAUCAAGGGAUCUAUCUCUGGGAAGAUAAAGAGCUCCAAUAGCUACGUAGUGAAGAUCCACCAAACACUACUGGACAGAUUCCAAGCAGGAGAUGGGGACCCUCCGUCAACACAGGAGGCAAUUGUGCAGCUGAAGGCUGAAUUGAGGGCCCUGGAACUGCGGAAGAAAGAGAUGGCAGAGGAACUUGCCCGCCUUAAGAAGGAAAGGGCGAAGGAACCAAGACCAGUUGCUGCGAGGAGCGAAUCAACGACACCGGAGAUUCAGCAGCUGAUUGAGGCGAUCAGGCUGAUGACGGAGUCAUUCCGUUUUAAUCAGCAACACCCGCAGCAGCCGCAACAACAGCAGCAACAACUGCGACAGCAGCCGCAACAACAACAACAGCAGCAGCAACAACUGCGACAGCAGCCGCAACAACAACAACAGCAGCAUGUAGCUAGGACACUAACCCCGCAGGGCGACUUUGUGCAGGUACUUGGCCGAAAGGAGAGACGGGCCCAGAGGAGGGAGGCGAAUCCACUCCCCCGAGCUGCACUAAGAAAGGAAGGCAACGAUCCUCAACCCUUGCGGGGACAAGUGGCCCCCAAGAAGGGAAAGAAAAAGAGGAGUGGCGCGCAGCGUAGGAAAAGGAACAGGCAGAGAGAAAGAGAAGUUGCGGCUGUUUCCCUGUCCUGCACCGAGGAGAUGACAUAUAGGGAUGCGCUUGGCCGGGCGGUAAACGCGGUCAAUUUGAAGGACCUGGGGAUCACCAAUCUGCCCUGUAAGAGAGGCCUCACAGGUGCCUUUAUCUGGAAGAUACGAGGCAAAGGCGCGAACGAGAAGGCUGACCGAAUGGCGGAGGCCAUCAGGAAUACUGUCCCGGGAGCGAAAAUUACUCGCCCCGUGCGCACGAGCACCAUAAAACUGGUGGGCCUGGAUGCGUGGGCAAACAGGACCAUCAUUAGGAACGCGCUUCUGGAAAUAAAAUCCGGAACGGACCCCAACCUGAUCAAGAUAGGGGAAAUAAGAAUUGGCAGGGGUAGACUAGGCGAGACCAUCGUCUCCGCGCAUGUGCCUAUCACGCGUGCGGCCCUGGAUAAGGGCAAAUUACAAAUAGGGAUUUCGACGGUGAGGGUGCGUGAGAUUAGACAGUCCCCCCUCAGAUGCCAUCGAUGCCUCGCACGAGGACAUAUUGCGGCGAUGUGCUCGGCUGAAAAGUCCAGGACAGACGUCUGUUACGUCUGCGGGAAAACGGGACACAUAGCCAAAAUGUGUACGGACAAGGCAUCGUGCCCUGUCUGUACAGAUGCCGGCCGGAAGCCGACCAACCACCGUGCCGGUUCUUGGGAGUGCCCGGUAGUGCCUCCCAGGAAAUGGGUGGACAAGGUGUAUGCAGGGGCACCAGACGUUUGCCCUGAAGAAACAAGAACACAGGGAGACUCGAACAAAAUCGCUGACAAGUGCGGGAAGAAAAACGGUAAAGCGACCGAGAAGAGACAGGUGCAUGAUGAAAUGGAGGUGGAAUAA